AUGGAGAUCAAUUGCAAUAAAAAGACAGACGGCUGCCAGAGACAAUUUAAUCAAACUGCGUACAGAACAGCUAAAACCACCAUCGCAUGUGAUUACACAGGAAACAAAUACAAGUUCUUCUGCAAACAGAAAGGUUCAAUCUGUGAGGAUAUUUUAUCAACAAAAUCCUCUCUGAAGUCAAACGGGACAUUCACUCUCACAGAAACCAACAGUAACUUCAGCGUGUCCAUCAGUAACGUGUCCUCACAUGAUGCUGGUGUCUACUGGUGUGGAGUGGAAACACAUGAAGGAAGUUACAGAGCUGCUCUCAGAAAGAUACAGCUGAAGGUUAACUCUUCUAUUACUAACUUCACCACGUUUCCAGCUGUUGGACAGAAUCUUACAUACUGGUGUCGAUAUCCAAAUUAUACUCUGAUAAACAAAUUCAUCUGUAAGGGAGAAGAUCCAUCUAUAUGUGAGCCUUUAUUAAGCACACAGCACAACAAGACCAUUGGGAGGUUUUCUAUGAAGGAGGACAAAAACAAGAGAAAGAUCACCAUAACAGUGAGAAAUGUAACAACAGACGACACUGGGACAUACUGGUGUGGAGCAGAAACCACUGACAAAACACGCAGCAACAAAUUCUUCCACAAACUGGUGAUGACUGUCGUAUCACCAGCAGUAUCAACAGCAAUGUCACCGACAUUAUCCACAUCUCUGGUUUCUUCAACCCAGUCAACUACUGAGUCUGCAGAGAAUCGUGGUGACCGUCAGGUCGUCAUUAUUGUGAUCGUCUGUGUAGCUGUGCUGCUGCUGUUUGUGCUGAUUUUGAUCUACAAACGAUUUUCACCUUUAAAGAACACAAGAAAUGGAGCAGCAGCACAGCACAAAAAGGAUCAUGUCUAUGAGGAGAUACAGCAGACGCCAAACUCAGGAAAUAAGAUGAACACGAUUUAUGCCACUGCCACUUUCCCACAAACCCCUCUGCCUCGCGCAUUACUCCAGCAUCAACUUCCAAACAGCUCUGACAGAGUUGGUGGUGAGACAGUGAUCCUCAAACCCAGCUCUGCUGCCUACGAAUAUUCUACUGUGAACGCUGCCAUCCUCAAGCUCACUGUGUGA